UAGGCCUAAACUUAAAAAUAUUUAAACUUAUAAGUUGAAUCAAACUAGGCUUCUAAUCUGACACUCUAGCUUCCUAUUCUGAUCGGUCGGCACGGACGAAGAAGAUAUAUAUAUAUGGGCGAGUUUUAUGGAUCUUAUGGUUGAUACCUUCAUCAUCAUCAUCAUCAUCCUAUUUGAUCGUGAACCUCAUCGAGAGAGCUCUGUAAGUUUCUCUUUCAAAAUUGUGGAAAUUCAUUCAUACAAAUCAACUUUUUGUGCAGACUUUAUUAUUUCAUACAUAGAAAGAAAGAUGGAUCGUUGGAGUGGAAUCUUUAAGGUCCCUUUGCAGCAACAGCCAUGUAAUAGUAACACCAAAGCAGCAUACUACAGAGUUGCUAUCUCUCUCUGCCUCUCGCCUUCUUCCACCACAAACCUCAUUACACCUUCUGCUAAUGUCAUAUUCUUUAAUGGUGAUCGAGUUGAAGGAAGUGGAGAUCCAACAAUUGACAGGCUUUCUAAUAUUCAGACUAUUUCUGAAUUACUCGUUUCUAAAUUCGGCGCCUCUAUUAACGCAUAUGUCAUUGAAUCGUCCUAUUAUAAUGGCCCAUUUGCUGUAUACAAGGAUUUCAUUCCUUCUUCAAACAGUCGUGGAGAGCCUAAACUAUACAAUCCAAUUGGAUUCCCUGCUUCUACGUCCAUCGCCUCACUACUCGCAUCCUCUCUUCACCAGGCUGUAAAAGUUAAUGAUUUUGUUGAACCAUCAUCUACAUCAUCAUGCCCCCAUACAUUUCUGCUUGGAUUUAGCAAAGGGGGUACGGUUCUGAACCAGCUAGUAACCGAGCUUGGGAAUAUGGACAAACAGACACUAGUCAAUGAAGUUGAAGAAGAAGGCAUUCUAGUACCAAAUUCAAGAGAGUGCUUCUUAAACAGCAUAAGUGAGAUUCAUUAUGUCGAUGUUGGUUUAAAUAGCAGUCUGGCCUAUCUAACUGAUAGGAAAACGAUAGAGAGGAUUUCCAAUCGGAUUAUUCAGAUGGGAAGAAGAGGAGUAGGAGGUUCUGGAAUCCGUUUUGUUAUUCAUGGAACUCCGAGGCAGUGGUGUGAUGGGAGAAGAGAAUGGAUACGAGCCGAAAAGGAUGAACUUGUGAGGCUGCUGCAAUUGGAAGCUCGGAAGACUGGGGGGAAACUUUCUGUGAUUGAGAGACUGUAUUUUGCUGAUAAGCUCCCUAGCUUGAAGAUGCAUUUUGAAGUAAUAGAGCAUAUGGAUGUUAGUGUUUGAAAAGGUUCUCUUUUUUUUUUUUAUGUAUAGGAAAAGAAUAAGGGUAUUUGCAGUUGUUGUCAAAAAUAGAAUCUCUCUAAAAGGGGUUUCCUUCUCCUGAGAAAAAAGCAAUGUGAUUUGAUUCUUUGAGGUCA